AGCAUGGCACAGAUUAAAUCCAUUCGAGACAACUAGGAAAAAAAAAAAAGACGUAUGUGCAAGUCAAUAGGAGGAGGGGAGUGGAAGGGGGAAAAAGAAACUGUGACAUACACAAACCCUUUAGUGUGCAUAGCAUAAGAUUUUUUGGCUGGCACUCACAUGAUUUUAUUCAAGGGCUGGGAAAGAACUAUGAUUAGUUAAAAGCUUCGGCAAAGUCUGGAGGGAGUGCUCUGAAGAGUUGGGAGCCGCACAGAGGUGACUGUAACUCCUCUAGCAAUUUCAGACCAUUCUUCUGCGGCUCAGGACAAAAGCCUUUUCUUUUCCCUCCGUGUUCAAAGAGACAUUUGUCUUGAGAUGUUGCAGCUGUGGGCCGUGGGACCGCCUGUUUGAAGAUACCCCCUCGUAGACAGCAAGGAGAGUCGACGCGCUGAAAAGUGGUAGUAUUUUCUCGUGUGUGGGUCCCCCCCCUCCUCCUCCCUCCCUCCUCCUCCACUACCAUGUGUGGUUUUUAAUAAGAAGAAGAAUGUGGAGGCAACAUUUUCCAGGUAUCCGCCCUCAGAUCAUGAACGGCCCCAUGCACCCCCGGCCCCUGGUGGCACUGCUGGACGGCAGGGACUGCACGGUGGAGAUGCCCAUCCUGAAGGACCUGGCCACCGUUGCAUUCUGUGACGCACAAUCAACUCAGGAGAUCCACGAGAAGGUAUUAAACGAAGCCGUUGGGGCCAUGAUGUACCACACCAUCACGCUGACCCGAGAAGAUCUAGAGAAGUUCAAGGCCUUGCGGGUCAUUGUUCGAAUAGGCAGUGGCUACGACAACAUUGACAUCAAAGCGGCGGGGGAGCUCGGCAUCGCCGUCUGCAACAUCCCCUCGGCCGCCGUGGAGGAGACGGCCGACUCCACCGUGUGCCACGUCCUCAACCUCUACCGGCGCAACACGUGGCUGUACCAGGCGCUGCGGGAGGGCACGCGGGUGCAGAGCGUGGAGCAGAUCCGCGAGGUGGCCUCCGGCGCCGCCCGCAUCCGGGGGGAGACGCUCGGCCUCAUCGGCUUCGGUCGCACUGCCCAGGCGGUUGCAGUCCGAGCCAAGGCGUUUGGCUUCAACGUGAUAUUUUAUGACCCGUACCUGCAGGAUGGCAUAGAGAGGUCCCUGGGAGUGCAGCGAGUCUACACGCUCCAGGACCUGCUCUACCAGAGCGACUGUGUCUCGUUGCACUGUAACCUGAACGAACACAACCACCACCUUAUCAACGACUUCACGAUUAAGCAGAUGCGGCAGGGCGCGUUCCUGGUGAACACGGCGCGUGGGGGGCUGGUGGACGAGAAGGCCUUAACUCAAGCCCUGAAGGAGGGACGGAUACGAGGGGCUGCGCUCGACGUGCACGAGUCGGAACCGUUUAGUUUUGCCCAAGGCCCGUUGAAAGAUGCUCCUAACCUAAUCUGUACCCCGCACACCGCCUGGUACAGCGAGCAGGCGUCGCUCGAGAUGAGGGAAGCUGCUGCCACCGAAAUCCGGCGCGCGAUCACAGGGCGCAUCCCAGAAAGCCUACGGAACUGCGUCAACAAGGAAUUCUUUGUCACAACGGCUCCGUGGUCAGUAAUAGAUCAGCAAGCAAUCCAUCCGGAGCUCAAUGGUGCCACAUACAGGUAUCCCCCCGGGAUGGUGAGCGUCGCGCCGGGAGGCAUUCCCGCGGCCAUGGAGGGCAUCAUCCCCGGCGGCAUCCCGGUGACUCACAGCCUGCCCACCGUGGCGCACCCCUCCCAAGCUCCGUCGCCGAACCAGCCCACAAAACACGGGGACAACAGGGAACAUCCCAACGAGCAAUAGCAGCUAAUUUAAAAAUCCCUCAAUAAACUUGGGACCAAGAGACAUUGGAAAAGAAGUUAUACACGAACUGAAAAAAUAAAAACGAA